CAGACGGCCGUUGAGGGGAUAUGGCGCUGCCUGCGGAGCCGUGGCGGGUGCAGGUGGUGCGGCGCUGGGAGGCUUUAGAGCCGGCGCAGCGGGCGCAGCUGUCGGGCGCGGCCCCGCUGCGGUGCUGCUGGCGGCUGCUGAGGCCCGAGGACGAGGCGCUGCUGCGGACACUAUGUGGGCGGCGGGGCGCGGGCAAGGAGGCGGCGGCUGCUCGCUUUUACCGCCUGGCCGGCAACGCGCGCUUCCGCCGGGGUGACUUCGUGGCCGCCGCCGCGCUCUACUCCAAGGCCGUGUCGCACGCAGCACCCGGCGGCCCCGAGCUGCCCCUGUGCUUCGCCAACCGCUCAGCCGCGCUCUUUCGUCUGCGGCACCUGCAGGUUUGCUUGGAAGACAUUGAGAGGGCUCUUUCCCAGGGCUACCCUGCCGGGCUGCAACCCAAGGUCCUGCUCCGGAAAGCGGAGUGCUUGCUGCUGCUGGGGCAGUCGCGGGAUGCGGCGGAGGCCCUCAGUGUGGUGGAGAGUCGGGUCGCUGGGGACGAGGGUCUGAUGGGUGCUGCACGUCACACCCUGCUGAGCCAGAUUGAGCAGCUCCGAGCACAAGCCCGUGAGCAGGAGAGUGACCCGGCGCCAGUGUCCGUGGCACUCGAUGAGGCCUGGGAGGGCCGGGUGUCCCUGGAAGAGAAUAGCCAUCUCCCGGGUGCAUCGUCGUCUGUGAGCUUGAGCUUUGAUGCUUCCAGGGGACGUCACCUGGUGGCUGCCCAGGAUAUCCUGCUGGGGGAGAGCCUGUUGAGCGAGGAGGCCUUUGUAAGCGUGCUUAACCCGGGGGAGUGGGUGCUGCCGCUAGACAGUGUUGAAACCACGUGGGAUACCAGCAUCACUAACGAGGACCUUUACUGUCACCACUGCUUAAAGCAGCUCUUGGCCUCCGUGCCCUGCAGAGGCUGUAGCUAUGCGAAGUACUGCAGCCAGGAGUGUGCGCAGCUGGCAUGGGAGCGCUACCACAGGGCAGAGUGCUCCCUGGGGGCACUGCUGCUCACGCUGGGGGUGUUCUGCCACGUUGCCCUAAGGACGGUUCUGGUGGCUGGAUUUGCAGAGGUUAGCAGGUUGGUGAAGCAGGCUUACAGAAAUGACCAGAAAUUUCACACCGCUGAGACUGGCAGGAAAUAUGCUGACGAGAUGCCAAACUCCAGAUCUGGUAGUGAGGGACCGUGUGAGAAAGGGGAGUCCCCAAUUCCUGGUUGUGAUGGCCGUGGGCAGUACCAGAGUUCUUACCAAGCUGUCUUCCAUCUUGUACCACAUGCUGAAAAGCACAGCCCUGAACACAAAUUUCUUUGCUGCCUGAGCAUAGUAGCGCUGUGCAAGAAACUGCAAGAAGCUGAUCUGGAGGCCACCUUCCUUGGGCAGGGCUCACCUGAGAGCCAGCACAAGGGAGAAGUGUGUGAGACGGUGUCCGCUGAGCUGGAGAUUCUGGGAGAGGCAAUGCUGAGGCAUAUGUUACAGCUACAGUGUAAUGCGCAAGCCGUGACUGGAAUCCAGGAGUCAGGGUCUGGAGAUGGCACUGUAGUCAACAGGGAGCAAGUACGUCUGGCCACAGCUUUCUUUCCUGUGCUCAGCCUUCUUAACCAUUCCUGCAACCCCAGCACUAGUGUGACGUUCAGUGGGACAGCUGUCACAGUCAGAGCUUCGCAGCCAAUUCCAAGAGGGCAAGAGAUUUUCCAUUGCUAUGGGCCUCACAGAUGCAGAAUGGGGGCUGCUGAGAGACGGCAGCGACUUCUUUCUCAGUAUUUCUUUGUGUGUCAAUGCCAGGCCUGCCAAGAGGAGUUAGGGUCUGAUAUCACCUGCAUACCAUCCACAACAGAUGCAUUUUGCUGUCCCCACUGCCAAGCUUCAAUGCAGGGGGAAGACCUGCUCCAAUGUUCCACUGGAGCCUGUGCACUUGCUGUCAGCAGGGAUCGUCUCUUGGGGCGGUUACGGGACCUUCAGGGGCGAGUCAGGAGAGCAUUGGAACUGCUCAAAGACGACAAGCUCGAGCAAGCUGUAGAGCUGCUGCUGAUGUGCUUGAUGGAUGCCAAGUGCUUCCUGGCCCCAAAGCAUAUGCUGAUGGGAGAGAUUGAGGAUCAUCUGGCUCGGGGUUAUGCCAGCCUUGGGAAGUGGCAGGAAGCAGCCAGACACCUACAGAGCAGUAUUCAGGUUGUGGAAGCAUGUCAUGGUUCAUCCAGUGUGGAAAUGGGUCACGAGCUCUUUAAGCUGGCACAGAUCCUUUUCAAUGGGUUUGCAGUGUCAGAAGCUCUGAGCACAAUUCAAAGAGCAGAGGAGGUUUUAUCGGUGCACUGUGGCUCUGGGAGUGCCCAGGUCCAGGAACUGAAAGAGAUGAAAGCCUGUUUGCUGGAGCUGCCCAGAAACCUCCUUCCCAGGACUGAAAAUCCAUAAUGAGGGGAGCUGCAGUACUGAGCUCUCACCAGGGAACUGAGUUCUAUGUGGUAAGGCAACCAUGCAGCACCACCUGGGGACGUGGAGCCUGGCUACAGGCUGGAUGAAUGCUGAAUUGCACUCAAGUGAGAGCCAGAGUGAAUGAAGUUGAACAAUGCUGAAAUGGGAAAGGGUCUCCAUGCGGCAUUGAUGGAAGGGAUGUCUUGGAUGCUGCUGUAUAAUUUCCUAAUGUUCUCUUGAGGCAAACACUUGAGAUCCCAUUAUACAACUUCCUGAAGUUGA